AUCUGUGGCGGCGGCUGGGCGGCGGUGGCAGUUCGCAGCGAGGGCGACGGCGACGGCUCGGAGGCCGAGCGGCCGUCCGGCGGGGACCUGGGCGCCGUCCUCCGCAUGACCUCCUCGAAUUGUCACUGCUGCUGGCUGGGCAGACCGCAGAAACGAACGGGAUUCAAUGCAUUAUCCUGCAUAAAGUGAGAUACGGUGAGGUGUUAGAUGAGAGUGAUCAGCCUUUGUACCUUUUCCGAAUUCAAAGAUGGUGAAGCUAGAUAUCCACACUCUGGCCCACCACCUCAAACAGGAGCGCUUGUAUGUGAGCUCUGAGAAACAGCUCAUUCAGAGGCUAAACGCAGAUGUGCUGAAGACAGCUGAAAAGCUGUAUCGAACCGCGUGGAUUGCAAAGCAACAGAGGAUUAAUUUGGAUCGGCUUAUUAUAACCAGUGCUGAAGCGUCCCCUGCUGAGUGUUGCCAGCAUGCCAAGAUUUUGGAAGAUACACAGUUUGUUGAUGGAUAUAAGCAAUUGGGAUUUCAGGAAACAGCUUACGGAGAAUUCUUGAGUCGGUUAAGAGAAAAUCCUCGUCUUAUUGCCUCCUCUUUGGUUGCUGGAGAAAAACUCAAUCAAGAGAACACACAAAGCGUUAUCUACACAGUUUUUACCUCCUUGUAUGGCAACUGUAUUAUGCAAGAAGAUGAAAACUACCUCCUUCAGGUUUUACGAUACUUGAUUGAAUUUGAACUGAAAGAAAGUGACAACCCAAGGCGGCUUUUGAGGAGAGGAACUUGUGCCUUCAGCAUCUUAUUUAAACUGUUUUCUGAAGGACUGUUUUCUGCCAAACUUUUUCUUACGGCUACUUUACAUGAGCCCAUCAUGCAGCUCCUUGUGGAAGACGAAGACCAUCUGGAAACAGACCCUAACAAGCUAACGGAGAGGUUCUCCCCAGCGCAGCAGGAAAAGCUCUUUGGAGAGAAAGGCUCAGACAGAUUCAGGCAAAAGGUUCAAGAGAUGGUGGAUUCCAAUGAGGCCAAACUGGUGGCUUUGGUGAACAAAUUUAUUGGUUAUCUCAAACAGAACACUUACUGCUUUCCACAUAGUCUGAGGUGGAUUGUGUCACAGAUGUACAAAACUCUCUCUUGUGUAGACAGACUGGAGGUCGGGGAAGUCAGAGCCAUGUGCACCGAUCUUCUGUUGGCUUGCUUCAUUUGUCCCGCAGUUGUCAAUCCAGAGCAGUAUGGAAUAAUAUCUGAUGCUCCUAUCAAUGAGGUGGCGAGAUUUAACCUGAUGCAGGUCGGCCGCCUUCUGCAGCAGUUAGCAAUGACUGGCACCGAAGAAGGAGAUCCUCGGACCAAAAAUAGCCUUGGAAAAUUUGACAAAAGCUGUGUUGCUGCUUUCCUUGAUGUCGUGAUUGGGGGCCGCGCAGUGGAGACUCCACCAAUGAACUCCGUUAAUCUUCUGGAAGGCUUGAGCAGAACUGUGGUUUAUAUAAGUUACAGUCAGCUUAUUACUCUGGUGAACUUUAUGAAGAGUGUGAUGUCUGGAGACGAGCUGAAGGAAGAUAGAAUGGCUCUUGACAGCUUGUUGGCAAGCCUGCCGCAGGCUAAGCCAGGGAAGAGCAGCAGUCUAGACGUCACCCCCUACAGCACUCCUCAGAUGUCUCCAGCAGCCACCCCAGCCAACAAAAAGAACCGGUUACCUAUAGGACAACAGUUAGCGGCCAUCACUGCCUGGGAUUCCUCAGCCACCAAUCUUACCGCUCAUAUUCCUCUAGUAACCCCGUUUGCAACUCGGAGCAGAAGCCGAAGUAAUAUGCUAAUGGACUUACAUAUGGACCAUGAAGGGUCAUCUCAAGAAACCAUCCAAGAGAUACAACCAGAAGAGGUGCUGGUCAUUUCCUUAGGGACAGGUCCCCAACUUACUCCAGGAAUGAUGUCAGAAAAUGAGGUCCUAAACAUGCAGCUCUCGGAUGGAGGACAAGGAGAUGUCCCUGUUGAUGAAAACAAACUCCACGGUAAACCUGACAAAACCUUGCGCUUUUCCCUCUGCAGUGAUAAUCUGGAAGGCAUAUCUGAAGGCCCUUCUAAUCGCUCCAAUUCAGUAUCUUCUCUUGACCUGGAAGGAGAGUCUGUGUCUGAACUUGGGGCUGGACCUUCUGGGAGUAAUGGAGUAGAAGCCCUGCAACUGCUAGAACACGAGCAAGCUACAACUCAAGAUAAUCUUGAUGAUAAACUGAGGAAGUUUGAGAUUCGUGACAUGAUGGGACUAACAGAUGAUAGGGACAUAUCAGAGACAGUGAGUGAGACCUGGAGCACCGAUGUCCUGGGAAGUGACUUUGACCCGAACGUGGAUGAAGAUCGUUUGCAAGAGAUUGCAGGUGCAGCAGCAGAGAAUGUGUUAGGCAGUUUGCUGUGCCUCCCAGGUUCAGGGUCAGUUCUCCUUGACCCUUGCACUGGCUCUACCAUAUCAGAGACCACAAGUGAAGCUUGGAGCGUAGAGGUAUUGCCAAGUGACUCAGAGGCUCCAGACUUAAAGCAGGAGGAGCGGCUCCAAGAGCUUGAGAGCUGUUCUGGCCUGGGCAGCACGUCUGAUGAUACGGAUGUCAGGGAGGUCAGUUCCCGCCCCAGCACACCAGGCCUCAGUGUUGUGUCCGGUAUAAGUGCUACAUCAGAGGAUAUUCCCAAUAAGAUUGAAGACCUGAGGUCUGAGUGCAGCUCUGAUUUUGGGGGUAAAGAUUCUGUAACUAGUCCAGACAUGGAUGACAUAGCCCAUGGUGCCCACCAGCUGACCUCUCCUCCCUCGCAGUCAGAGUCUCUGCUUGCCAUGUUUGAUCCACUGUCUUCACACGAGGGGGCCUCUGCUGUGGUAAGGCCGAAGGUUCACUAUGCCCGACCCUCGCACCCACCCCCGGAUCCUCCAAUCCUGGAAGGUGCAGUGGGAGGGAAUGAGGCCAGGCUGCCCACCUUUGGUUCUCACGUUCUAACCGCAGCUGAAAUGGAGGCAUUCAAGCAGAGGCAUUCUUACCCCGAGAGACUGGUUCGCAGCAGGAGCUCUGACGUAGUGUCUUCUGUGCGGCGGCCCAUGAGUGACCCCAGUUGCAACCGCCGUUCUGGGAACGACGAGCUCCCUCCAGCUGCAGCCCCGGGUGCUACUUCUUUGGUGGCUGCACCUCAUUCGUCAUCUUCUUCUCCCAGUAAGGACUCUUCAAGAGGAGAGGCUGAAGAGCGCAAGGAUAGUGACGAUGAGAGAUCAGACAGGAGCAGGCCUUGGUGGAGAAAACGCUUCGUGUCAGCUAUGCCUAAAGCUCCUAUACCAUUUAGAAAGAAAGAAAAACAAGAAAAAGACAAAGAUGAUCUGGGGCCUGACAGAUUCUCAACACUCACAGAUGAGCCCAGCCCUAGGCUCAGUGCACAGACUCAGGUUGCUGAAGAUAUUCUGGACAAAUAUCGGAACGCCAUUAAACGGACCAGCCCCAGUGAAGGAGCAAUGGCCAAUGACGAGAGUGCAGAGGUCAUGGGUGAUGGUGAAAGUGCUCAGGACUCUCCCCGGGAUGAAGCGCUGCAGAACAUCUCUGCCGACGACCUCCCAGAUUCUGCCAGCCAAGCGGCCCACCCCCAGGAUGCUGCUUUCUCUUACAGAGACGUAAAAAAGAAGCUGAGGCUUGCUCUCUGCUCUGCGGACUCAGUGGCCUUUCCAGUGCUAACCCACUCAACAAGGAACGGACUGCCUGACCACACAGACCCAGAAGACAAUGAAAUUGUAUGCUUCUUAAAAGUUCAAAUAGCUGAAGCAAUUAAUUUACAAGAUAAGAACUUAAUGGCUCAACUUCAAGAAACAAUGCGUUGUGUAUGCCGCUUUGACAAUAGGACUUGUAGGAAGCUGCUGGCAUCCAUUGCUGAAGACUACAGGAAAAGAGCCCCAUAUAUUGCUUAUCUCACCCGCUGUCGACAAGGACUGCAGACCACACAGGCUCACUUGGAAAGGCUCUUGCAACGAGUUUUGCGGGACAAAGAGGUGGCCAAUCGGUAUUUUACCACUGUGUGUGUACGGUUAUUGCUUGAGAGCAAAGAAAAGAAGAUCAGGGAGUUCAUUCAAGACUUUCAGAAACUUACUGCCGCUGACGAUAAAACUGCUCAAGUGGAGGACUUUCUGCAGUUUCUGUAUGGUGCAAUGGCUCAGGAUGUCAUAUGGCAGAACGCCAGUGAGGAGCAGCUGCAGGAUGCCCAGCUGGCCAUCGAGCGCAGUGUGAUGAAUCGGAUCUUCAAGCUUGCUUUCUACCCUAACCAGGACGGGGACAUUCUCCGUGACCAGGUUCUGCAUGAACACAUCCAGAGACUGUCUAAAGUGGUGACUGCCAACCACAGAUCCCUGCAGAUUCCAGAGGUUUAUCUUCGUGAGGCCCCGUGGCCAUCUGCGCAGUCAGAGAUCAGGACAAUAAGUGCUUACAAGACUCCGCGGGACAAAGUGCAGUGCAUCCUGAGGAUGUGCUCCACCAUCAUGAACCUCCUUAGUCUGGCCAACGAGGACUCUGUCCCUGGGGCAGAUGACUUUGUCCCUGUGCUGGUGUUCGUGCUGAUAAAGGCCAACCCGCCCUGCCUGCUGUCCACUGUGCAGUACAUCAGCAGCUUCUACGCCAGCUGUCUGUCUGGAGAAGAGUCCUACUGGUGGAUGCAGUUCACAGCCGCUGUGGAGUUUAUUAAAACCAUCGACGACAGGAAGUGACCGAGACCAGGUCCACCAAGGCAUCGGACUGUUGCCAGGAAACAGAUCUCUAAGACAGUGUGAAGAUUGUUUUGUCUAAUAUGUACAGCUUCCAGACGUUUCCAGUGGCUCUUCCCAAGCAGAUUAACAAGCUAACACGCUGGUUCUCUCUCCUUUCAACCUUCCUGAGUUGCGUAUUUUAUUUCUUGUCCCCAAGUAGAGAGUAGUACUGCAAAAGGACCAUGUUUUUCCAGGUGUUUUAAAAUAUUUAAAAAAAGAAAGAAAGAAAGAAAGAAAGAAAGAAAGAAAGAAAGAAAGAAAGAAAGAAAGAAAGAACAGAAUCUUUUAGGAAACGUCCAGAUCUCCUUUCUUGGGUCCCUAUUUGUCCCUUUCAUUUUAGAAAGAACAGUGUGCGUCUUGUAAGACCCUGUCUCACAGCAUUGGAGCAGAAGGCCAGCUGCACUGAGGGUUUCAGGAGUGUAUGCUACAGCCCUUCCCAUAGAUACACUCUCCUGAGUCGAAAGUGAAGAAGGAAAUGUAAAUAUAAUAUAUAUUUAUAUUUGAUGUAAUAUGGGCAUCUUCAGACUCUAAUAAACAAGGACAGUUGCUGAGAGUAGGCUGUGACAUUCCCUCUUGUGAAAUGGUUUCCUUGACAAAAUUUAAGCUGAGCUUAAAAGCAAAACCAGAAAUAUUUAUUAGUGUGUAAUAGUUCAUUACUCUCCAUGUGUGGAGUUUGCUGGGGAAGUCAUGUAGGCAUGUGCCACCAUGGACAUGUGUUGAGCCUGCAUACCAGGACAGACUCUGUCAUGCAUUACAUAGGACGAGCAGUUCAUGGCCAGGUGUGCCAUGCCCUUUGCCCCUACACACUUGAGUAGAAGCCACAGACAGGGUCCCUUUCAGACCCUUAAUUGUCAUCUGUUUUUGAUGAUUAUUCACAUUGAAUGCACAGACCAGGAAUUCAGUGAAUGUCAUUUUUUAAAACUAAUUUGUAUCGUCUGCUCUACUGAUCCAGGUUUUACUAGUGUUAAACUAUUUUGAUCAGCCACACUAUUCUUAUGUGAAAAAAAAAAUCUAUUUUGGCAGGUUUCUGUGCCUUUAUUGCCCUCUUCUGGAAAAAAAAAAGUGUUUCCAUAGUUUGGUUUGCAUUGUACAUCAGCAGUUAAUCAGAAUGGGCUUUGGUGCCGGAGAAGCUGGCCGAGGACCCACACCAAAGCCUCAAGCACAAGUCUUGUAUAUAGGCCGUCACUGGCUGGUUCCACCUUGUGUGUUCCUGACCGUGGUCAGCUGUUCUGAAAAAUGCCGAGAUCCCACACUGUCAUGUCCCUUGUUGCUGGCAGCAAUGCAGGCAUCUUGUAAGGGACCUGUGACACAGACACGAGGAGAUGGGUAGAGAACUCGGCCACACUGUGCCAAAAGAAGCUGGGCUUUCUUCAUGCUUUCACCUCUUCCAGGCCCUGAAAACCCCCAAUAGGAAUUUACACAGGAAUGUGGGUGUGGUGUCUGCCUUUAGGGAGGGAUCAAAACUAGAGCCACAAAAUAUACUUUCAAAUGUUGGGUCAGGAAAGCCAUGUUCUUCAUGGGCUGUCAUUGUCAACCUCGCCUUGGUGUUGGACGAUCCAUCCCAUCAUACGUACAUUGCAAGCCAAGCUAUGGCAUGGUUCCGCGACGAGGUGGGGUCUGACAUCUGCUUCAGCAUUGGUUCAGUGGAUGUUAAGUCAACAGAAGAUUUUUGAAUAGUUAAAAUUCAUUGUUAAUGGGACUUAACUUGUAAAUCAACGAGAGAU